GGAGCGGAAGUCCACAUUGAAGUUCCGGUCUGUCGUCUUCCGGCCCGGCAAGUGAUUUCAGUCAAAUAAUAUCAAUAUUCAGUCAAGAGAAAGAAGAUUAAACAGGAGCAAGAGGGAAAUUACAUCAAUAUUCAAUGAACAAAAAGAAGCGUGUUUCCGGAAAGAAAUAAAGAUCAAGAUGAGCAGAGCAGGCGCGCCUACAGUCUUCUCACGCUCGCUUCCUUGCUUCCCAGUCAGCCAAUGAGGACAAUAGCGGUCCUCGGCGGGGGCAUCGGGGGGCUGGCAGCGUCUUACUACCUGUGCAGGAGCCCCCAGGUGACCAAGGUGGUUCUACUGGAGUCCAGCAGUCGUCUGGGAGGAUGGUUGUGGUCCACAAGAAGGCCCGACGGUGCCGUGUUCGAACAUGGACCCAGAGGGAUUCGACCUGCCGGGGCCGUGGGUCACAACACUCUUAAUAUGGUGGAAGACUUGGGUCUGGGCGGGGAGAUUGUGCCUGUCGCCUACAGCCACGAUGCUUCCAAGAGCAGAUAUUUGUACGUCAACAAGCAGCUUCACAAGAUGCCUUCAGGAAUAAUGUGUGUGUGUGUGUGUCUGUGUGUGUCUGUGUCUGUGUGUGUGUGUGUGUGUGUGUGUGUGUGUGUGUGUGUGUGUGUGUGUGUGUGUGUGUGUGUGUGUGUGUGUGUGUGUGUGUGUGUGUGUGUGUGUGUGUGUGUGUGUGUGUGUGUAUGUGCACAGGUGCUGUCUGACAUGACCAUACUCCAGCGGAGGAUCCCCCCCACCUUCCGAGAGCCCGCCACUGCCCCCUUGAGGAAACUCUCUGUAGACCUCAUCAAGACUUACAAGCACAUCAAUGAGGUGUACUACACCAAGAAGAAGAGGCGGGCCCAGCAGGUAGCUCCAUCAGAAGACAGCAGCAGCAAGAAGGAGAGGAAGGUGUACAACGAGGGUUAUGAUGAUGACAACUAUGACUACAUGGUGAAGAAUGGAGAGAAGUGGCUGGACCGCUAUGAGAUCGACUCCUUGAUUGGCAAGGGAUCCUUUGGACAGGUGGUGAAGGCGUACGACCACCAUGAGCAGGAGUGGGUAGCCAUCAAGAUCAUCAAGAACAAAAAGGCUUUCCUCAACCAGGCUCAGAUUGAACUUCGCCUUUUGGAGCUGAUGAACAAACAUGACACUGAGAUGAAAUAUUAUAUUGUCCACCUGAAGCGUCACUUUAUGUUUAGGAACCAUCUUUGUUUGGUCUUUGAGUUGUUGAGCUACAAUUUGUAUGAUCUGCUGAGGAACACCAACUUCAGAGGAGUCUCUCUCAACCUCACUCGCAAGUUUGCACAGCAGCUCUGUACAGCACUAUUAUUCCUGGCCACACCAGAACUGUCCAUCAUCCACUGCGACUUGAAACCAGAGAACAUCUUGCUGUGUAACCCCAAGAGGUCUGCCAUCAAGAUCGUGGACUUUGGAUCGUCCUGCCAGCUGGGCCAGAGGAUCUACCAGUACAUCCAGAGCAGGUUCUACCGCUCCCCUGAGGUCCUUCUGGGAAUGCCCUACGACCUGGCCAUCGAUAUGUGGUCUCUGGGAUGCAUCCUGGUGGAGAUGCACACUGGAGAACCUCUCUUCAGUGGUUCUAACGAGGUUGACCAGAUGAACAAGAUCGUAGAAGUUCUGGGCGUGCCUGCCAGUCACAUGUUGGAUGCAGCUCCUAAAGCCAAGAAGUAUUUUGACAAGUUGUCAGACGGUCUGUGGACUGUCAAGAAGAACAAGGACAUCAAGAAGGAGUACAAGCCCCCAGCCACGCGGCGUCUUCACGAGAUCCUGGGUGUGGAGACCGGGGGUCCUGGGGGGCGGAGAGCAGGAGAGGCAGGACACGCCCCCUGUGACUACCUGAAGUUUAAAGACCUGAUCCUGCGCAUGCUGGACUACGACCCCAAGAGCCGCAUCACUCCAUUCUACGCCCUGCAGCACAACUUCUUCAAGAAGACCACCGAUGAAGGAACCAACACCAGUUCCUCCACAUCCACCUCCCCCGCCAUGGACCACUCCCAUUCCACCUCUACUACCAGCUCUGUUUCUAGCUCUGGUGGCUCCAGUGGUUCCUCCAACGACAACCGCAACUAUCGCUAUAGCAACCGCUACUACAACUCUGCUGUGACACAUUCAGACUACGAGAUGACCAGCCCUCAGCAGAUGAGGAUGUGGCCAAGCAGCAGCGACGGAGGAGGCGGAGUCGGAGGCGGGGCCCAGGAGGGCGGGGCCUACACGCAGUUGCUGCUCCAUAAGCCCGCCCCCUCCCAGCAGCACCAGCGUCACUUCCUGGAGCAGCCCCACCCCCACCACCCCCACCCCACCUACGCCCACCACGGCAAUGGCGGGCGCCUGCGGCAGAGCGGACAGAGUGCGGCGGCGGGCGGCGGCCAGCAGGGGGCGUCGCCCCAGAUGAGCGACAGCAUGGAUGUGGGCGUGUCCCUAGGGCUGCACCACCUGGGGGCGGUGUCUUCCAUGGAGGCGUCUCAGUUCGGCUCCGCCUCCCUGCCCGUCGGACUGUCGGCCUUCCGGACUCGCACGGCCCCCGCCGCCCCGGGGCCGCAAGCCCCGCCCCCCGAGGACUACUACCCCGCCUCCAACAACAAUAACCUGGCGGCGGGCGGCCGAGGGAGGCCGGACUCUGACGAAGGAGCGGCCAACUCUUGAUAAAAGCUCAAGUGCGCCCUAAAGCCAUAGCCGGACGCCAUCUUCUUGUGGCUGGGACUGCAUGACAGGAGAGGAGGAUGCUGGGAAAUUUAUCAUCGCCUGCUUUCUUUCGCCAACCUGUCAGCCCGGGGGAGGGGAGCGAGGAGGGGG